AUGAAGCGCGAGGAGAUCGACAGGCGGUUUGCUGCUAUUGAGAAUGCCUCCAAGGUCCCAGAGGACGUCGGUGUGCUGGAUUCGAUGCCGAAGAUGCUGAUAAUUGCUAAUGACUUGGAAAAGCGCUUGGCAGCUUUGGAGCAGAAGCUCGCCGCUGGCCCCGCAGCUGGGCCGACAGGCCCUGCAGCACCGGCAGAGCCUUCGGAGGCCCGGCGGACGUUUAAGAUGGCCUCAAGGGGGCAGGUCCCAACGAGUCUUUCCAUGCGGCCUGUUUGGCAAAGGCCACUGCCGAGGCCAUCCAGGCCCAAAGCUGCAAACGGCUCGCCUUUGCCUCGCUUGCCCUGGAAGCCCAAAACGCCCCUUCUGCGUGGGCGAGGGUCAAGGUCUCCGGGGGCUGCAGCAGCUGCAGGGGCAAAGAGAUCAAAACGGCCCGCUGAAGAGCUGACGGGGCUGGGCCAUGCAGUGGAGAUCUCACGGGGGGUGGCCUUGCUGGCCUGGCCGUUCCUGGUCCACAUGCUAUUCCAGCUCACAGACAAGCUGAAUGCUUUCGACGGCCUCUUGGGCCGAAAUCUCACCAUGCGGGUGCUCGUAUAUGUAGGCUCCUCCAUGUGGCUUAUGAAAGCGGCUCUCGCCACGGAUCUUCGAUACACAACGCGAGCGCUGAACCAGCUCUUAUCCCGCGUGUUUCAAGCUGCGGGUUUGGAAGGUUGGCUCGCUGAGAAGGCGUCUGAGUUCGUCAUCUCAGUUCUGAUGCGGGUUUCCCGAGUGACGGUUGCACUCGCAGCACUGAACUUUGGCUUCCGCGUGCUUCCGACCACUUGGGAGUUGGAUCUGUCUAGUUCAGAUCCAUACUUCCUGCUGCUGGAUGCAAAUGGAGAUGGUAUUCUUGCCGCAUCCGAGGUUUUCCACUUUGUUUUCGACAUCAGCAACCGGCUCUGGCGCGCUGCCGUGACGUCGGUCAUUGGUCUCUGUCUGCUGCAGCUGAAGAAGCCACCAGAGACCAAACUCGUCUGGUCAGAAGCAAUGGAGACUGGUCACGGGCCGUUGAGCAAGCUUUCCAAGAUCGUUUAUGCCAUGCAGAACCCUCGCCAAGGAGAGCUGCGUAUGCUCGCGAGACGGGUUGCCUUGGGAAGCCGUCUCAUCAGUUGCACCAUCGUCCUGAGCCUUUUCGUGCUGCCCUGGGCCUACUUUUUCGGCCUUCGCCCGCACCUCGUCUUCGCUUUCGGGGGUGUCGGUGGCUUGGCUGUGGGCCUGGCAGCCCGAAGCUUUGUUGGCAAUCUGAUUGCUGGACUUCUGAUUCAGCUUAAUCGCCCUUUCGUUGAGGGAGACGAGAUAGAAGAUAAGAAGAACAACCUCAAGGGCGUGGUUGAGGAAAUCGGCCCAAUCAACACCCACAUCAACAGUCUGCAGGGUGUGAUGGUUCAUGUGCCUAACCAGACUCUCUUGGACGACGUUGUCAUCAACAAAUCCAUCAAGGACUUUCGACCUAUUGAGGAGUCCCUUUAUGUGGUACCCUCCUCGGCCUACAGCCUGCCAGAUCUUGUCGGGAACCUGCAGUUAUUGCUGGAUUCCCAUCCAUCGCUUAUGCAAGAGGAGGAUGUCAAGGAGCUAAUCCAGCACCGUGGCGGUCGUGUGAAACUCUUCCGUCCUCUGGCCAUGUUUGAUGGCUACUGCGAUCUUGGAGCGAGGGUGGUGAUCUAUGCCUUCUGUCGUGGAGCCCUGUCCCGACGGGACUUCAAGGCCCUGAAGAGCCAAGUGAUGCUCUCAAUCCACAAGUGCAUUUCUGACCAUGGCGCCGAGAUCGGCCACCUCACCGGAGCCAUCCGCGGCCGUGGCCCAAGGCCCCAACGCGCCGUGACGGUGGCUCCAGCGACGGAAGUGAAAGGUCGGAACAACUUUGCCUCCACAGAGGUGCACAAGCGAUUGGUGGCCAUAGAGAGCACCACGGCCACGCACCGCGAGGAUCUCAACCAGAAGCUGGAUGCGAACAAGAAGGAGCUGCAGCGCCUGGUGGCAUCCCUGGAGGACAAGAUUGACAGCGCGGGCGGUGGUAGUGCCGGGGCCGGUGAUGACAUGAAGAAGGGGGCCGAAGCCCAGAUCAUGAAGAAGGUUGCAACCAGGCUGCAAGACUUUGAGUCGCAGAUCACGAGCCAGCUCUCGACAGUCGCCACGGACUUCGACAAGAAGCUCUCGCACGUCCAUCGCUCCACCGGGGCCACGAAGCCCAUUGACGGCGCAGGCGCGGGAGGAGACACCGGCCUCGACACGAUGGCUGAGGAUGUGGACCAGCUGAAGUUCGACGUUGGGGAGCUGAAGGAUUUGCUGACGAACAGCAAGGGUGAGGUAAACCACAUCCGCCGCAUUGUGCUGGCCUGCGAACGAGACAUGGAAGACUUCACAGCAGCUGGAGCCCCAGAGUCCAGAGGGAGGGCUUGUUGUGCAAUAGCUGUUGAACAAGCCGAGGCGAUGGACGCCGUGAAUGUGGACUUGGACGAGAUGCGCGCCCGUGUAGAUGCGACCCACUCCAUCAUCACCAGCCGCCAGCGUGUGGAAGCAACCAUGACAGCAGAGAUCUCGACCAUGCGCCUCGACAUUGGCGACAUCCAAGAAGCUCUCAAGAACCAUGACUCCUGGAUGGAGGACGUGUCCAACACCCUCCAACAGAUGCAGGAGAAGGAGGAGAAUUUGAGUGAGGAUAUGAUCAACCUCAAGAAUGCCCCACCCUCAGAAGCAUUCCCUCAGUGGCAAGGGAGAUUCAGAGAUCUUGCGAUCAGGACCACAGCAGAUCUCACGCCGAAACCUGGUCAAACUCAGGAGCUCACAGCCAAGCUCGACACCAAGGUGGACAACGUCGCGUGGAAGGAGGCAUUCACGGCGAACGACGACCUUGAUGCGGCGAUCAAGACUGUUCGCGAUAUGGUGUCCUCUCUUCGAUUGGAUGUGGAUGCCCGGCGCCGCAAGGUGGACGAGAUUCUGGCCACCGUCCGGCAUGACAUCACAGCGGUCGAGACGAAUCUUGAGGAAUCCAAGUCCAAGCUAGCGAUGGACACUGACCAUGCUAUCAAUGCUCUGAAUGGCCGCAUCGACUUCACGAACAAGGAUCUCGCCGCAACGCAGGAAAGCCUCCACACUACCCAGAACUCCCUCAGCGAUUGCUUCAACGAGGUGGCCGUCGUCCGCAGCGACUUGGAGCGGAACGUGGCGGACACUGAGGCGCGGCUGAAGAACGACAGCCGCUCGAAGCAGCAGGAGGUCAUGGAGAAGAUUGGAGAUGUGGAGCAGCAGUCGGAGCUUCGCUCCGCAGAGUCCUCACGCCGGCUGGGUGCCCUCGACCUUCGCAUGAGUGGAGUUCAGGGAGGCUUGGGAGAGCAGAAGCGUGACAUCCUCAAGCUUCGCGAAGAGGUGAACGGCCUCACGGUCAAGAGUGCCAGCCACGAAGUGGACAUCCAGAAAGGGUCAGAUGCUGUCAAGAAAAUGGAGAAGCAGCGCAACUUGGACGGGCAGAACUUCAAGGCGCAGCUGGACGCCAUCCACGAUGUAUUGGACACCAAGGUCAAUGAGAAGCCCUUCGAGGAUGUCAAGCACUGCGUCUCCUCCUUGACUAAAGGCUUCCUGUAUCGCGGCCGGAGCUUGGAUCCAGGUGUCGUCAAGUUCGCGCAGGUCGUCGGCGUUUUCCCUGGCCCACGAUUUGACGAUGCUGAGGGUGGUGAGGGGGCAGAAGCGGACGUCGAACUCCUGGGCUGGGAGGCAAGGUGCUCCUCUUGCAGCCUCCAUACUCGAGAGCUCAGAGCUUCCUCUGCUGGGAGCCAGGAGAGCGCUGAGACCUUGUCCUUCCGGGUGGACAAGGUUUGCCUUGCAGGGCUCUGGCAUUCUGUAAUUCUGUGCUACGCUGCUGCUCUCUGCUCAGACUUGCUCGUGGUGCUAACGGAGACGACGCCGAGAGCGAAGACACUGCCGCCACCCCCACCAGCCUGGCGCCAGCGCUGCUCCCAGCGCUUCCGCAACAUCUUGGACAUGAUCGCCAAGAAGGCGGACCACAGCGUCCUGCGUCUCCUCCAAAUCUCGCAGCAGCACAUCGAGUCACAACUGGAGCGCGUGAAGCACGAGCGGGAGCUGUGGAAGGAGGUCGUGGAGCGACGCCAGCAGCAGCCCCUCCAGUUGGCCUUGUCCAUGAAAGUCCUCUCAGACCACUCCUCCACUCCCUGCAGCUGGAAGCCAAACUGCCCGGCCUCCCCGCUGAAGCGUGCAUGCAUUGAGAGGAACGAGUAUGCGCUUUGUGCCCUCGUCCUCUGCUCCCACAGGAAGCCCCAGUGGCUGCGCCUGCGCUGCGAGGAGCCCUCGCGGCAAGGUGCUCGCUUAGUUCAGCGCCCCUUUCUGCUGGACUCGGACGAAAGCCUGACAGCUUUCUUGCAAAGAGUCGGGCCCCGCUGCGUCUUUGCCGACGUUUGGGCCAGCGUGGAGACUCUGGGCUUAAAGGCUCCGCCAGAUCUCGAGGUGCGACGGGCAAGAUUGCGAGAGAAGGGGGGGCGGAGCUUGCUUGUGGUGCUUGAAUCUUAG